UCACGAUCUUCGGGACUUUGGCUUUCAUCGUUUAUCCUCCCCGGUCACUGGCACCCCCGGUGCUUUCUUUCAGUCGUUCCUCCGGGAAAGGGUCCACGUCGAUCGGACCCUGAAUUUUGCCAAGGGAGUCAAGCGACCCCUCUGCUGUCCUGUCAACGCACCCGCAGAACAGUCCAAUCGCUUUAUCCAAAAUGCGUUCCAUGUCUCGUAUCUUUAUUCUGUGCCUCUUCCUGCUGCUGGGCACGCUCACUACAGCGUGGCCAUGGCGGCCCCACGGCGAAUUGUUGCGACGGGCCGAUACCACCGCAGCUGAGAGCGCAACCACCGGAGCCGCCGCUACUACCGAGAGUGCGUCCAAGACUGACUCAGUGACCAAAGCCGCGUCCGCAACAGGCACCGACACCACUGCCACCGGCACUGGCACACAAGCUACUACAGGGACGGGCACUGCCACGGGAAAGACAAGCAAGGCUACCAGCUACACGAAUACGUCAACCAUCUCGAUCAACCCUGCUGCCGGUGCUGGUGGUAUCUCCAUGCUUACUCCCACCGAGGGAGCCACAUCCUACUAUAGAAUCGGCGACUAUGUGACGUUGGCAUGGAACUACACAUCGCUGACCAUCAGCCCAACGGCUGUCAAUGUCGUCGCGUCGUGCAGUUUGAACAGUGCCACCUACACCAUUUCGACCAACAUGACCAUGGGGCCCACCGGAAAGGUGAUCUGGGACACCCGCAAGUACCAGGCCAAUGCGACGGUCCCGCUGUUGACUGCUUCGUAUACCUUGAUCGUUUGGGAUGCGAGCAAGGCUCUCACCGAAACGGCGAGUGCAGGCUAUCUCAGCGCAGCAAGCGGCUACACGUUCGGAAUGUAUAGCUCGCAGCCGUAUACCCCUCUCAACGGCUUUGUCUGCGCCACAUGCAGCAGCGCUUUCUCUGAACUAGAACGUCUAGGGCUGAAAUUCACCAUGGGCAUGGCUACUAUCACUAUCCUGUCCUUCACCUGGUUCGCCGGCGGUGCCGGUGUCUUCUCCACAUAGGUGCACACUCUGGGUGACGA